UGGAUGUGGAGAAGAUGUUUCCAAAAGUGGCCGAGUCUUGGAUCAGAGGGUACUGCCUCAGGUGUACAGGUGUUUAGAGAAGAGAUGAGGAGGAAUUUCUUUAGCCAGAGGGUGGUACAUCUGUGGAAUCUGUUGCCACAGAUGUCAAUGGAGGCCAAGUCAUUGUGUAUAUUUAAAGUGAUGAUUGAUAGGUUCAAGAUUAGUCGGGGCAUCAACGGCUAUGGAGAGAAGACAGGAGAAUGGGGUUGAGGGGGAAGAUGGUGGAAUGGUUGAGUCAAUUGUACUCUCCCAGUCCACUUCUGUGGCCUCUCAGUUGUGCGAGACAUUGGUGAGACCCCACAUGGAGUAGUGUGUAUGGUCUUGGUCAUGCUCUUACAGAAAAUAUCUCAUUAGAUCGCACCAGUUUGUAUGUUCAUGUGGGGGUUUCCUCCAGGCACUCUGAAUUCCUCCCACAUUCCAAAGACCUACUGGUUAGCAGGUUCAUUGACCGCAUGGGUGUAGAUGAGUGACUUGGCUGGCAGGCCAUGUGAACAUGAGCUAAUCUCAAAAUAAAUCAAAUAAAUGAGGCUGGCAGGAGGGCAAAAAUUCACCAGCAUAUUGCUGGGACUCAAUGGCCUGAAUUACGGAGAGAGGUUACGCAGCCUGGGAUUUUAUUCUUUGCCUUGUAGGAGACUGAGGGGUGCAUAGAGCCAUGUGCACAUUGUUUUUCCCAGGGAAAGGAAAUCAAAAGUGAUAUGGUCAUAAAGUUGUUGGUCAUAAACUAAACCUUUGUCCUUAAUAAAUUAAAGUAUUGAGUGCAGCAGUUAUGAUGUCGUGUUGAUGCUGUUAAAACAUUGGUGAGGCCUAAUUUAGAGUAUGGUUUGCAGUACCUACUGAAAGGCUAUCACUAAGAUUGAAAGAGUACAGAGAAAAUUUACAAAGUAGCUCUUCGAGUUAUACAAAAAGGUUGAAUAGGUUAGGACUUUAUUCCCUGGAGCAUAGGAGAAUGAGGGGAGGUUUGAUAGAAGUGUACAAAAUUAUGAGGGGUAUAGAAGUAAAUGCAAGCAGGCUUCUCCACUGAGGCUGGGUGAGACUACAACUAGAGGUCAUGGGUUAAGGGUAAAGGGUGAAAUGUUAAAGGGAAACAAGAGGAGGUACUUAAGUCACGGAGUGGGAGAGUAUGGAACGAGCUGCCAGUGGAAGUGGGGGAUGCAAUUUCAAUUCCAACAUUUGAGAAAUUUGAAUAGGCUCAUGGACAGGAGAGGUGAUGACCCUGGUGUAGGUUGAUGGCUCAGGCUGGAUGAGUCAAGGGCCUGCUUCUGUGCUGUAGUGUUCUUUGACUCUAAUGAAAUAUUGUGUUCAGUUCUGGUCACAUUAUAGGAAGGAUGUGGAAGCUUUAGAGAGGGUGCAGAAGAGAUUUACCAGGAUGCUGCCUGAAUUGGCAAGCAUAUCUUAUGAGGAGAUACUGAGCGAGCUUGAGCUUUUCUCUUUGGAGUGAAGGAGGAUGAAAGGUGAUUUGAUAAAAGGCAUUUGGACAGUCAGAGACUUCUCCCUAGGAUGGAAAUGCCUAAUGUGAUGGGGCAUAAUUGUAAUGUGAUUGGAGGAAAAUAUAGGACAGAUAUCAGAGGUAAGUUUUUUACACAGAGAGUGGUGGAUGUGUGUUAUGUGCAGCCAGGGGUGAUGGUAGGGACAGAUAUAUUAGGAACAUUUAAGAGACUCUUAGGUAGACACGUGAAUGAUAGGAAAAUGGGGGGCUAUUUAGGGGCGGAAGGUUAGAUGGGUCUUAGAGUAGGUUAAAGGGUCGGCACAACAUGUUGGGCUGAAGCAGCCGUAUUAUGUUGUAAUGUUCCAUGUUCUUUGUUGUACGUCUUAAAAACUAGAGGGCAUCAGGUAUGGGUCAAGAUGGAAAGGUUUAAAAGGAACCUGAGGGUGGUGAGGAAGUGAAAUAAACUGCCAGAGGAUGUGAUUAAGGUAGGUACGUACAGUAAAAGACACCAUGAAUGCAUUGUAGAACAGAGAGAUGUAGGGUUUAAGUACUUAGUUCUCUAAUAAUAGGAACACUGGGAGAGAAGGUGGGAGAAUGUGUACAGCAAGCCUGCCUUUAUCAGCUGAGGUACUGAAUGUAGGAGUUUACGAUGUCCUGUUACUGUUGGCUAAAUCUGUAAGGAUUUUUUGGUUUGAUGUUGAACAUUCUGUUAUUUGCUUGCUUUUUGUCAUUUGCGCAAUUUGUUUUUUUUUCAUGCUUUGAUGUUUUCUUUCAACCGGUGUAUCUGUCUUUUGUGGCUGCCAGCCGGAAGACCAAUCUCAGAGUUGUAUUCUGUAUACGUACUUUGAUAAUAAAUGUACUUUGAAGCUUUGGAAAAUAUCGCUGGGCAGGGAGUACUACACACUUUCCAGAUUACCGUACUAUGGAAAAGGUGAGCCGUAUCUUGGAACAGCGGGACCCACGGAUGGCGGAUGAGGUGAGCGCCGUGCGCAACCACACUGACCAGAUGGUGUACCUGCUGGCGGAGGAAAGGGUGCCCGAGGGGAGAGGAAUGGGGCCCAUCCUUGAGCUGGUGAUUCUCGAGGAUGUGCUGGACCGGCUGCUGUGCUGGACUCUGCAUCGGCAACCUGAUGACAGCGACAAGAUCGAGCAGCUUAAACUGUUUGACCUGCUGGUCAGCCAGUCACAGCAGCCCCUCCUACGGCACAAGCCCAUCCUCCAUGCCCUGAUGAGGCUGCUGGGGGCAUGCACCGAGCCACGCUCUCCAUCUCUGGAAAACAGCCUUGUGCUCCUCCUCAAUCAGGUGUGUGUGUCGCUCUCCAAGGAGCCUUCCGUCCUCGAGCUCUUCGUCCACACUGAGGCUAGCCAGCGCCCCGCCAACCUCCUCAUCUUCUCCAUCCUCGUGCCAUUCAUCCAUCGCGAGGGCCUAAUCGGGCAGCAGGCGCGUGACGCGCUGCUCCUCAUCAUGGGAAUGUCCGCCGGCAGCAACACCGUGGGCAGCUACAUCGCCAACAACUCCUACUUCUGCCCUGUGCUUGCCACAGGGCUGAGUGCACUAUACUCAUCGUUGCCGCGGAAGAUUGAGGUGCGGGGGGAUGACUGGCACGCACUGCGCCGUGAAGACUGGGUUGGCGUUCCCUCUAUUGCCAUGUUCAUGAACUCGCUGGAGUUCUGCAAUGCUGUUAUCCAGGUUGCUCAUCCUCUGGUGCGUAACCAGCUGGUCGAAUACGUCCACAAUGGGUUCUUGGUGCCUGUCAUGGGGCCUGCCCUCCACAAGAGCUCCAUUGAGGAAAUGAUCGCCAGCACAGCCUACCUGGACCUCUUCCUGCGCAGCAUCACUGAGGUGGCUCUGCUGAAAACUUUCCUGCGCUUCAUGGUGCUGCAUCGGCACGAGGGCAGCACAAUCCUCGACACGCUGACCGGCCGAAUCAACAGUAACUCCCGGCUCUGCAUGGUGUCUCUCAGUCUCUUCAGGACCCUCCUGACCCUCAGCUGCGAGGAUGUCAUGCUGCAGCUCGUUCUCAGGUAUCUGAUUCCAUGCAAUCACGUGAUGCUAAGCCAGCGGUGUGCCGUUAAGGAUCAGGAUUUCUACGGGAAGACGGCAGAUAAGUUCUUGUCCCUGAUCCCAGAAUGCUGUAAACCUGAAAACCUGGGCUUCUUCGAGAGGGAGGAGGAACACGCGGUGUGGUCUAAAGCCCACGGGAGCCCGAGUAUUGACACAUCCACAGUGACGGCCGCCGUGCCCAAACCCUCGACCCCCUCCCGCAUCUCCCUCUUCUCGCGACAGCAGAGCACAGGCUCAGAUGGAGGGCUUCCUCCGCGGUCUCCCGGCGAGGCUCCGAGCGACCCGGCCACCUGCAGCCCCGCCCACAGCCGAUGGGACGAGGUGUCUGAGCUGGACUCCAACUACCUGGAGUACUUGCGGGAUGCCCGCAGGCACAUCGACCUCUGCGUCCAGGCGUGUGGCAGGUGGUCGGCUCCGUACGACGGCCAGGAACCGGAUCCCCUCUCCGCUCAGCCCCUCCCGGAGGACAUCGACACCAUCCACCUGCACAUGGACCACUUCGGAGCAGAUCGGACCCGGACCAGCUCUGCCCCGGGGCAGGGCCAGCUCAGACCGGACUCCCAUGGCAGGAGGGAUCCCCUGGAAAAUGGGGACUGGGUCAGUGUCACGCCACGCAAUAAGAAGCGCAGCCUGCGGAGGGAGAGGGUGAAGUCUGCCACUCCUUCCUCUUCCAUAAAGGGCAGGGGGCUGAGGCCCGAGAGAGACCAGCUGGGCAGGGUCUCCCUACUGAAUGGCGAGAGCAGCAGUGCCCCGGGUGUCCCUGGGCGGGCCGACAACUGCCUGGCGGUGAAGAAGGUACGGAGAGACAGGCCCAAGCGAAGCCACCCCAGGAGGGAGGUGACAGGCAGCCGGAGCGGAGGCCCUUGUGAGUCCCACAUAUCAUCGGCGGAGGGUGGGGAGGAGGAGUGCCGGGCAGGGAGCAAGCCUGGCCUGGAAGCACUGGCAGGCGGCAAGUCCCUCGACAGCCUGAUCGACGAGCUACUGGACCAGGCUCCGGCCGAAGCCAACGGCAGAGGCCUCAACGUGGAGAAGUUCUCCCAGGAGCUGCUGGAGAUGGAGGCUGAGAUGGGAGGCUGGAAUCGGGCGGAGGAGGUUGCCAGCGGAGGGGACCCUCUCACUGAGGAGGAGGCGGAGGAUGAGGACGGAGAGGAAGAGGAAGACGAGGACGAUGAUUGCCAGCUGGUCCCCGGGAGUAGGACUUCAGCGAGAGUCCAGGCACAGGUGCCUGUCAGCGGCCAUCUCCCUGAGCCAGCACAAGACCAGCCCUCCACAGGUUCGUUCAUUGCUGUGCUCUUUGCCAAGCUGGAGAACAUGUUGCAGAACUCGCUGUAUGUGAACUUUCUGCUCACUGGGAUCAUUGCUCAGCUGGCCUGCUACCCCCAGCCCCUGCUCCGCUCCUUCCUACUCAACACCAACAUGGUCUUCCAACCUACCGUCAAGUCCCUCAUCCAGGUCCUUGGCUCAGUCAAGAACAAGAUCGAGGUAUUUGCUGCAUCUCAGGAGGAUUUCCCGAUGAUGUUAUACAAAGCAAGGAAAUACCUGAUCGCCCGUGGGAAGCUGGAUUGGUCUGACUCCCCCAACUCGGUGCCCCCACUGCGACGCUCCGACAGCUUGGUGAAGAGUCGGAAGCCGUCGCUGGGGGAGCUGAUUCUGCGUCACACCAACAGCCCGACCAGAGCCCGGCAAGCUGCACAGCUGGCCCUGCAGCACGUGCGCGAGGGACAGGUCCUGCACACACUGACUGGCAGCUCUGUCUUCAAGAGCUCGGCCGAGAAGCAGAACGAGGCACUUCGGGUGAAGAACGCUGUGUACUGCUCCCUCAUCUUCGCCGAGUUCCUGAAGGAAUUGGCUGCCAUUGCUCAGGAGCAUGCAGUCACCUCACCCUUUCUGCUGGAAGACAGGGAGGAGUGAGGGAGCCGGGGGAGAGGAGGUGGCUCCACUCUCCACCACUGCCGAAUAAUGGACGUGACACUCCCAAUAGGGGCCCGGGUCAGCACUCCCGAACCCCAUCCCACAGAAUUCCUCAGCAGCACCUUGGAUCAGAAUGUAUCACUCGAUCCUCUCCAUCAGUGUCCACGGGUCCUGGCUGUUUGAGGUUCUCUUCUGCACACGCACACGCACACACAUCUCUCUCUGGGCAUAGUGCAAGCAGAUACGCCCCUCAGCAAGCGUGCUGUCCACAGAGGGAGGGAGAGGGGCAGUGUUGGACAGCCCUUGGGGAGGACGGGUGCUGCAUUCACACAAACACUCUAUGGAUGAUGUAAGGCAGAGAUUACUGCCAUGUAAAUAUUGCAAUAUUUUUAUAAGAAAAAUCAGUUUCCGGGAGUUCA